GUGGAAUGGUACGAUCGAAGAGAAAUGCCUUCUUUUCCAUCAUCGGCAUUCUACACCGACAUUCCUACGACUAAGUGCUUGUAUAUGAUGAAGCGCAAGGUCUAUGGACUAAGUCGCCCCACCAGCUUCAUAGGGCAGCUCAAGCGGUCCAAGUUCCCAGAAAGGUUAGUGUGGCUAUGCUGCAUAGGGGUAAGUGCCAGUCGAUCCAACGGAAGCGGAAACAUUCCGAAUGCUCAUUCGGCGAGGCCCAGCUUCCAAGGAUCAUGCCGGAGAUAUUAA